AUGAAGAAAUCAAAGCUUCUAGAUUUCGACCCCGAAGCCCUCCUCGAUCCCGCACCCAGCUCCAGCGACGACGAGAAUUCGGGGUUUGAGAGCGAGGAGGAUGGAAAUAAGGGGAGGGAGCAUUAUGCGGAGAUGGGGAAGAGUAGGUUGAGGAAGAAGGAGGUGGUGCCGCUGGGGCCGCAGUAUUCGGGCUCGAGGGUGUCGAGGGAGGCGGUGGAGGAGGAGGAUAGUGAUGAUCCGUUUGCGAGGGGGGUGAUGGGGAGUGGGAGUGAUGAGGAUGAGGAUGAGGAAGGAUCGGAGGAUGAGGGGGAGGGUGGAGGGGCGAAUGGGGUGGCGUUGAAUGGGAAGGGUGCAGAGCAGGGGAGUGAGGAGGAGGAGUUUGAUAUUGAGGAUGUGGAUUCUGAUGAGGAGAUGCAGGACGGUGAGGAUGACGAAUAUGGAGAGCAUGACGACGAAAGCGAAGGGUCAGACGACGAAGACGAGGAAUCUGACGAGGACGAUGAUGACGAGAAGGGCGAGGACGAGGACGAUGACCAGACAGCCAAUCUGCGCAAGAUGAUGAAAGACACCAGCCUAGUCACGGCGAACCUGUCCAAGGCUGCACAAGCGGAUGUGGAGAAAGGCAAGGCGAUCAAGGCACAAAGGAGGACGUUCGACACUCUUCUCAACUCCCGUAUACGACUACAGAAGGCUUUGAUAUCAACAAACUCCAUGGCUGCGGAAGCCCACGCCAAUUCGGCUGCUCCGGACGACGCGGUUGAAGCCGCUGAGGCUGCUGCCCUCACCCUUCUGAACAACUUGACGGACCUCCGCUACAGCCUCGAGGAAGCUCGCACCGGCCAGAAGCGCAAGCGCGGAACACCCUUCAGCAACACGACCGCAUCAUCAGCCAUCUGGUCUGCCAUCUCUAGCCACGAAUCUGCGGUGCGCUCGCAUAGACAUGCCAUCCUGGAGAAAUGGUCCAACAAGACGCGCAGCGCCAGCACCCUCACAAUGAAACAACCUCGUCUCACAUCUGGCGACCAACGAACCCUCACAGACGUGCUGACCGCUCAGAUGCAGGAUUCUGAGCGUCUCAUCGCGCGCACCCAGGUCCCACGUUCAUGUGCGCCGCUCCAGUCCUCAGCUAACAUUCCCUCCUCCGAAAAGAUAUACGACGAUGCCGACUUCUACGGCCUGAUGCUGAAGCAACUCCUCGAAAACCGCAGCUCCGAGAUCAACGGCGCUGGCUCAUCUGAGUUCGUUGUUCAGGCACCAUGGCAGUUGGCACGUGAAGCCAAGACGAAGAAGAUCGUGGAUACGAAGGCGAGCAAGGGGCGAAAACUGCGGUACACGGUGCAUGAGAAGCUUCAGAAUUUUAUGGCACCGGAGGAGAGAGGGACAUGGGGCGAGAGGCAGAGGGAUGAAUUGUUUGGAGGGUUGUUUGGUAGAAGGGUGGGGUUGGGCGAGGAAGUGGAGAGUGAAGAGGAGAGUGAUAAGGAGAGGGAUGCGGAGGAAGAGGGAUUGAAGUUGUUUAGAAGUUGA